CAAUUACACACAUUCCACUUUUUUAGGCUGUUUCUGAUAUUCUUUAGACUAAAUAUCUUAAAAUGUGACUGUUUUUAGGCAAAAAAUUUUUUUUUUUUAGAUUUAGAAUUACAUACCUUACACACCUGUGUAGUGAGGGCUUUGAAAUAACAUUUUAGGGAGUUGGGAAAUGACACAAAAUUAUUUGAACUGUUGAAUUAACGAAUAAAAUGUGAAAUUUUGUGAUGUGAUUUUUUUUAAAUACUGAGAAAAAAGUUUGAAAAGUAAAAUUGGACUCUUCUGGGAUUCUUGGCUACAGCCUGCAGCACCAUUAUAUCCCCACUGAAAUUAAAUUAGUGUUCUAAUGUUGUUUUAAAAUGCCACAUUAUUAAAGAAGUGAUUGUCAGACCUCUUCUGAAUCAGUUAAAAAACUUUUUUGGUUGCAUCCUGCUGGCCUUGUGGUCUGAGAUGCCUACCAUGUAACUCUCAUCAUUUCCUGUCUGUCUCUCUACAGUUCAGUUCAGUUGAGAUUUUUAGUUUUCACAAGUGGAAUAAACACAAUAAAAACACAAUAAGACAAUUGAAGACAUUAAAAGUACUUUAUACUUCUGUCCAAUAUAGGCCAAUAUGCAACUUAAACAAGCGUGAUGUGGAAACUUGAAAACCUCCAGUGUACAAACACUGAAAAUAAAUUUUUCAGUGAAAUAGGAGAAAUCUUUUGUCCAGCAAAAUAUUUGCAUAUUUAUAUAUUCUGGAUUUUUCAAUGAGGGAGAAAGUGUAGAUGUAAUUUUAAGAAUUUAUUUGUUAUUGAAUUGUGCUUGUGGAGAAACCAUAUCUGACAAAUAAUUAUUCAAGCAGAGUAUUUUUAUAUCAUAAUAAAACGUGUCUGGAGAGGAUUUUUGAUUUUCCACAUUUAGCAUCAGCAGUGCAUUAGACGUCCUUUAUCGACCAAUAAGGUCUGCUCGCUUAUUUGUUGCAUUAUUUAUGUCAUCAGCACUCAGAUCCAAAAUGCACAAAUUGACACUCCUUGUGUGUGUGUGUGUGUGUGUGUGUGUGUGUGUGUGUGAAGUUGUGUUUGUCCACAUGUGUCUGUGUGUUUAAAAUCCAGUUAAAGGAUCUGAUCUAAAACAAAACCCGCUGGCAUUUGAUUGUUGUUUCAGUCCCGUCUGCUCUGAUGUCGAUUUUGGGUUCAGUCCAACUUGGUCCUAUUUUGGGCCGACAUCUGAUGCCAGAGGUAGCCUUGUCUUUAGAGAUGUACAAGCCCUAUUCUGAGGUUCUCUGAUACCAAUAUCUGGUAUUUUUAGUCCACAUUCGACUCUUGUGCAGGAUAUUUUAAUGGUAAAUAACAUCAAUAUACUGUAAAGAGAUGGGGUGGGAAUGAGUAGUUUCAUUUGUUCAUCUGUGACUGUUUGCUCAUUUCCAUGUUUGUUGGAUAGAUCAUUUAACAGAUGACUUAUAAUGUGUAUCAAAGAUUACAUUUGUCCAUUCAGAAUGAUAGAAACAUCCAUCCAUCAAUUUUCUAAAACUGCAAAACCAAAGUUACAGAAUCUAAGAGUGUACAUUCAACCUGGCCACCACAUUCAUUUUCCUCCUCCUUGUUUGUUUUUGUCAUUUUGAUUUUUUAAAUACCAUUUAUUAACAAGCAACACAACGUUUGCGUUAACGUUAAGACACAGAAUACACAUAAAGACCAAAGACAAGAUCCCUCGCUAUUCCCACCCUGUGCUACAAGAUAAUCACAUAAAAUUGGUGUUAAAUCUGAGAAGUAGCAUCUGCUCUGUGAACAUAUUCAUUUUACUCUUAACUAAUCGGUAUAUCUAGAGGAAAAUAUUAAAAGUUAGUAUAUAUUAUAUAUAAUUAUAUAUUAAAUCCUAUUUUUGUUCCUCCUCCCCAUUUAAUUGUUUAAUUUUGAUAUUCUUACAACAAUAUCUGUGUCCUCAUACUGUCCAGGUGCCAAAAUCCAGAUGAAAGAAAGUGUUUGCAGUGAGCUUAAUGAGCAGCAGCAAGUGACUCAGACUUUUUUAGCCCUGGGUUCCGCCUGUCAGGCCACAUUCAGUCCACCCUACCUUAUUGGUGGAGUUUGCUGGGAAUGUAUACAUCCUGAGAGAAAGUCUACAGGUAAUAUUCAGGGCUGAAAAAAGUGCUGUCACCACCUCUGCGUGUUUUGCAGUUAAAAAUGAAAGUCAGUAUUCUCCUAAAAGACGCUGGAAUUGAACAACAUCAAAGUCAGUGAAGGGAUAGUGCUCUUUUUUUAGUAAAGAUGCAAAUAUAACAUUAUCGUACAGUAUCAGGUCUAAGUAGGGUUAGUGCAUUAAUAAUACAGAUAUUUGCAUUAAAAUAUCUAUCUAUCUAUAAUUUGUCAAUGUUUUUUAUUGGUACAGAAAGAAAGGAUAUUUUUUCUACGUCUAGGAUGAAGUUCUUGUUCACAUUGUUAUAAAAUCAAAAAAACCUCCUGUGCCGGCACACUGUCUCUGUGUUUCUCCACUAGAGGGAGCGUUUGCUCACUGUUUCCCUUUACAUCAGUAUGAGACACAAUAUUAAAUCUGUGUUAUGGACCCCAGGAGAGACGGGAACAAUUAGAAACUGGAUCACAGGGCUGACUGGGAAAAUGGGAUUCAGGGCACCUGUUGACCUCUGCCACCAGCCUCUCUGAUUCCUUAAAGGCAAAUUGUUUUGUGUAUGUCACAUUUAGGAAAAAAAAAAUCGUCUCCAUUUAAAGCUUCGGUAUUCAGUGCCUCACUGUUUUUAAUGUCUUUUAUUUAGUUAUUUUAAUGGAAAAGGUGCCGCUUUUCUCAAGUUCCUCGGGAGUUCGCAGGUUAAUUAGCAGGAAAUAAGAUGUGAGAUAGAAAGGAGGGAGGAAACAGAGGACGGAGUUGCAGCGCAUCAGUUAUUCAGUCAAUGGAAGAUUUUGUGACACAUAUGACCUCUGGAUACAUGUUAGAUGUUGUUUUUUAUUUGAUUUAAGAGUUUUAUCACCAACUAGAGGAAUACUAUUCAUUGGAGGAAUCCCAAACCAACUGUAUGCUUAUGCCAAAAAACCUACAUGUGUGGUGCGAGAGUAUCUGAGCUUCCUCUCUAUCUAAUUGGAUUUCCCAUGGAUUAACGUGGUAGUCCAGAUUUUUAGGAGGUAUUUUUACAGCAAUAAUCUGAUGCAUUUGGAGUUGGAUCAUCAGACCCCGCUCUUAGUUGUGGAGAAUAUCCUGAAAGAUCCAUUAGAGCAGGAGAGAGCACGGUGGGGGGCAGUCAAUUAAAAAAGGCAGAAGGGGAGAGCUAAAUAGAGUAACAGAAACUGCAGGAAAAAAAUUGUGACAGAAAAGGAGUGAUGAGUGAGUGACACUGUUUCCGAGACAAGAAGAGAAAGAGAAGAAGAACAGAGAGAGUGAGACUGAAAGAGUCAAAUGGAUCGAGAGAGAGGUGUAUAGAAAGUCCAAUAAUGUAGUAGUAGAAGAAAAGAAAGAAAAGGACCCUGGAGGAAAAGGUAGAAGAAGAGGGGAAGAUGAGUGUGAGGUGGGAGACGGAAGGACUCCAGACAGUUGGCAUCGUCUGCCUGGUGAUCAUGUUCCUCAAACUGAUGCACCUGCUGGGCCUGAUCGACAUCACUGAGACCGAUGACAGCAGCGACAGUGAUUUGGAGCUGUCGACGGUGCGUCACCAGCCGGAGGGGCUGGACCAGCUGCAGGCUCAGACCAAGUUCACCAGGAAGGAGCUUCAGUCUCUCUAUCGAGGCUUCAAGAACGAGUGUCCCAGUGGGAUGGUUGAUGAGGAGACAUUCAAGACAAUCUAUUCUCAGUUCUUUCCCCAAGGAGAUGCAACCACCUACGCUCACUUCCUGUUCAACGCAUUUGACAUUGACAGAAACGGUUCAAUCCGCUUCGAGGACUUCGUCAUCGGCCUGUCGGUGUUGCUCAGAGGUUCGGUCACUGAGAAGCUCAACUGGGCAUUUAACCUCUACGACAUUAAUAAGGAUGGCUACAUCACCAAAGAGGAGAUGCUGGCGAUUAUGAAGUCAAUCUAUGACAUGAUGGGGAGGUACACCUACCCCUGUGUGCGAGAUGAAGCACCCUAUGAACACGUGGACAAGUUCUUUCAGAAAAUGGAUAAAAACCGAGAUGGUGUAGUGACCAUUGAAGAGUUCAUUGAGACAUGUCAGAAGGACGAGAACAUCAUGAACUCCAUGCAGCUGUUUGAGAAUGUGAUAUAAGGAAUCAGGAUGCUCUCAGUUGUUUUUCCUUCAUUAGCAUCACAUGCACAACUCACACACAAACACAGCACACUCAUGCACCUCACCCACACUUCAAACUCAUCCUGGCACAUAAUGUAGUAACGUUUUUUUUUUCUAUUUCUCGUGCACUCCUUUAGCUGUAUCUUGCAACUGCUUCUGGACUAAAAGGACUUCUGCAGACAGAAGAAGAGCUUCCUGGGUAAAACUCCCAUCUAUCAUAGUGUGGGGUUUUUUGUGUCCUAAAUGAAGGAGCAGAAGAGCUCCUUGUGUUUUUAUCAUCAGACAAAACGAAUCAACAAGGAAUAAAGACACUUUCAAUAAUCCACUGACCUGAGCACACAAGGAUACUAGCUUUAACACUAAUACACCUCGUCUCUCUCUCACACACACACUCACACAGACCUGCUGUUUCCUCAAGAGUUUUUAGAGCACUGGAUGAAGUGAACUAAGAGUAGCAUGAAAAUAAAAUCCCAGUGAGUGACAGAAAAAAAGAGAAGUGAACUAAAGCAUGUUUGUCAACAAAUAUGUGAUGUGGAAUUAACUUGCACUACAAUUUUAUGACUAUGUAUUAUAUGCACCUGACAUAAAGGCACUGUAGAUACCUGCACCUGAUACACCACUGGUGGAAACCAGUUUGUAUGUAUAUAUGUAUAGUUAAUAGUUAUAUACCCUACGUUGUAUUGGUUUCAUCUGUGCUGCACUGGGUGAUGGAAUAGGACCAGAAUAUUUGUUUUAGAAAUGUUGCUCUGUGUUAAUCAGUUUAACAUCAUGUUUAGUAGCAGUUCUUCACAGAAUUUAGAUGUAUAAUUCAAAUAUUUCUCUCUUUUUUUUUGGAAGAUGUCAGAUUACAUUUAGCUGGUCAGAUUGGAAAAGUGAGUCUGCACAGCACUGUGAGGAAACAAAAGGACUGUUAAAAGUGUGUUCUUAUGCUGAAUUAAGGCAUUAUCUUGGUUCUUCAGUAUCUACGAGCAUGCAGACUCUUAAGUGCCACAGUACUGUGUACAGUACAGUAGGAGCUUUGUGAUGCCGGUUAAUUAAAGAUGCUGUCGACAGCU